AUGCGGAGAGCUCUUUGCCAUCUCGCGCAGCAGCGCGCGCAAAGCGCGCCGACGCGCGCCGUCACAGCGCCGACGCGACGCCUGUGCACGGCGCCGCCGCGCGCCGUCGAGCACGACGGCACGCUCGCGCAGCGCACGCUCGUGCUGCUGAAGCCCGACGCCGUCGAGCGGCGGCUCGUCGGGCGGCUGCUGCAGCGCUUCGAGGACCGGGGCCUCGCGCUCGUGGGCCUGCGCCAGCGCGUGGCGCCGCGGUCGCUCGCCGAGGCCCACUACGACGAGCAUCGCGCGAAGCCCUUCUUCGAGCGCGCGUGCGUCUUCCUCGCGUCGGGCCCCGUCGUCGCGUGCGCGCUCGAGGGCCGCGGCGCGAUCGGCGCCGCGCGCGCGCUCGUCGGCCCGACGGACCCCGUCGGCGCGCCGCCGGGCACGAUCCGCGGCGACUUCGGGAGCCACUGGCGGCGCAACCUCGUCCACGCGUCCGACUCGGAGGCGUCCGCGGCGCGCGAGCUCGCGCUCUGGUUCCCCGACGGCGGCCUCGUCCCCGCGGCGGCGGCCCUCGAGCCCUGGGUCUACGAGACGCCCGGCGCCGCCAUAACCUUCGACUAG